CCCUGCGUUGCUCCUCCGGCCUCCGGGCGCCUGUUCCUUGCGCUGUGCUCGCCGAUGCGACCCUUGCGGUAUGCGGCUGCUUUUGGCAGAGAGCUCAUGAAGGAUUUCAUUGAGUGUGAAGACAGAGAGCAGAGACAGAAAAGAGAAGAAGGCGGCCGCUGCCUUUGUAGUCUGGCUGGAAUGCGGAAAUGUUGAAGCACUAUGUCAAACUUUUUUGAAACGGGGUCAAAUCUCAUUCAGCCAGCGUGGGAAACCAAGGGGAGAAAAAAGUAGAGGCGAGGUGGGGGGAAACUCUUUUGCUCCUGCUGCUGGUCUCAAACCGAGCUCAGGAACCGAGGAGAGAGAGAGAAACUGGGACUGCGCGGAGAGGCGGCGGCGGCGUGCAGAGCUAACGCGGAGCCUUGCAUUCGGGAGACUGUUCGUUGCAAGGCUUUGAUCAGCCCCAGAAAAUUUAGCAGCGCCUCUUUCACUUUUUCCCCAAAGAGGGGGAGGGGAUCCUCAGCGCUUUAAGGUGUAGUCUGCCCUCCCGGCUGGCAGGAAGAUGCGAAUGCGGGGCAGCGGUAGAGCUUCGGAGUUGCUGCUGCCACUACCUGUGUGGCCCCAGUCGCGGCUGCUGGGCUCCGCUCGUGGAAGCUCACCCUCCCCUGUCACCAUGUGAACGCUUUGAAUCCGGAUCGAUUCUGCUGAGUGUCUCCUCAUUUUCAUGGGAAGCGGAAUUUUUAAAUACAUAUAUUAGAAAAGACGCUCUCCAUUGUUUUUCCUGCCUCACCAGGUCUUUGCUUUUCAUCUUUUUUUUCUCUCUCUCUUUUUUUUAAAAAUACUUUUAACUCCUGUCUUGCUGGAGACCACUUAAGUGGUAACUUCCUCAGAAGAGCCGAAGCUGAGCCUGAGCAAUUCCAGGGGAGCGCUUUGGGGUGGUCCUUGUGCGAUCGGCGCAGCUUCUACAGAGAACCACGUUCCGUGUCCGCGUGGGAUUUUCAUGGACAAGCUUGAGCCGUCUUAACCGUGGCCAAAGUAAGAAACGAUUGAAUUGGGUUUACCCAGAGAUUUAUUCCAAAGACCAUUGACCAGCUAAGCAAUAGGGCAACCACGGUUUAUUACUGCAGUCCUUGAAUGUUACAUCCUGUUGACUGGCACAUCUGUAAUUAUUCUGGAUACUUGUUGAAGUAGCAGAAAGCGCAUUUUGGCAACUGGAAUCCAGGUCAACAGAUUCAACAGUUGAAACAUCAGUCAACAAUUUGUGAAGAAGGAAAUCCGUGAAGUCAUGGAUAAGGACAACAUGAGCCUAGCUGACCAGCAGUAUGAAUGUGUGGCGGAAAUUGGUGAAGGAGCCUAUGGGAAAGUGUUCAAGGCCCGAGACUUGAAAAACGGAGGGCGCUUUGUAGCACUGAAGAGGGUGCGGGUGCAGACCAGCGAGGAAGGGAUGCCGCUUUCCACUAUACGUGAGGUUGCGGUCUUGAAGCAUCUGGAAACAUUUGAGCAUCCCAACGUGGUCAGGUUAUUUGAUGUAUGCACAGUAUCCCGAACUGAACGAGAGACAAAAUUAACACUGGUGUUUGAACAUGUUGAUCAAGACUUGACCACUUACUUAAAUAAAGUUCCAGAGCCUGGUGUUCCUAGUGAAACUAUAAAGGAUAUGAUGUUUCAGCUGCUGCGAGGCCUUGAUUUUCUACAUUCACACAGAGUGGUCCAUCGUGAUUUAAAGCCCCAAAACAUUCUAGUUACCAGCAAUGGACAAAUAAAAUUAGCUGACUUUGGCCUUGCGCGAAUCUACAGUUUUCAGAUGGCUCUUACUUCUGUGGUUGUUACUUUGUGGUAUAGAGCUCCUGAAGUUCUGCUUCAAUCCAGUUAUGCAACACCAGUUGAUCUUUGGAGUGUAGGUUGCAUAUUUGCAGAAAUGUUCCGUCGCAAGCCGCUUUUCCGUGGUAAUUCAGAUGUUGAUCAGCUAGGAAAAAUCUUUGAAGUAAUUGGUCUUCCUGAAGAAGAAGAUUGGCCUAUUGAUGUUGCCCUCCCAAGGAAUGCUUUUGCUUCUCAAUCUCCACAGCCCAUUGAACUUCUUGUAACAGAUAUUGAUGAACUGGGCAAAGACUUGCUACUUAAAUGUCUGACAUUCAAUCCUAUGAAGAGAAUAUCAGCUUAUGAUGCCUUAACCCAUCCUUAUUUUCAUGAUUUGGAGAAAUGCAAAGAGAAUACAGAUUCUGAUGUGUCCUCCAGUCAAAACUCCACAGAGAUGAAUUCACUGUAAGGCUUUAUCAGGCUAACCUAAGGAGGAACAAACUAGCUCGAUAAGAUCACUGUUAAAGGUAAAAAGCAUCACUGUAUGUCUGAAAACUUUCUUGAAGACUUCGCAUAAUUAGGUAGUUCUUCAAAAUGAUGCUCUGCCUCUCCAAGGGAAAAAACGUAGUUAGGCAUGUCAAUACAAUGCAAGAUACAAAAACUUUCAAGAGAUUCCACUAUAGUUUGGUGUUUGUUAGUCUAUCUGGAUAUCUACAAGAUAAAGAAGCUGUUGAUCAGUUUUGCUGCCUUUUUCUUCUAGCGUUGAACGAUGCCACAAUGGAUUAGAAGAAUUCAGAGUCUCUGCCAAAAUAUGACUUGAUUUCUGUUUCUGGGUGCUGAAGUUUGACGUGCCCCUCCUCUGGGAGUUAUGGUGGUAGUCUGUUUUGCUGUUUAUUUGCUUGAUCAUGAAUUCAGAAAUAUUGUUGAAGUAAUAUUUAAAAGAGUUGACAUGGAGCUAUUGAAUCUCUUUACCCUAAAGUUAAGGGGAAAACAUAAAAAAUACAUCUGACUAUUAUAAUCCACAGAUUCCUUUCCUAUUAAGAGAUGGGAGAUGAUAACUUUUAUUGUGCCUGUGACUUAAUCUUCAAAUAUUAAUAUACAUAUGGCAAAGGGAACAGAUGGUUUUAAAGAAAUUAAUUUGUAGCAAUUGUUCCUAUCAUUUACUAAAUUGAUGUCAAUCACUGCACAACAUUUCACCUUUAUCUUUUCUGAUAGUACACUUCUAUGUCUUUGGAAAUUAUGAAUUUCAGAUUUAUCAUUUUCAGAUUCAAGGAUGAAAUAAGAACAAAAAUAAGUGUUCAUAUAUACUUGUGUGUAUAUACAAACACCUAAUUUUGCUCACCCACACAUGCACAUAUGUGUACAUAAACUAAAAUGGCAACCUGAAAGUAUCUCUAAAAUAAGUCCUGUUAAAUUUAGUGAGACACAACUGUGUAGAGAAUUGAUUCUAUUACCACUUAUUUGAGACUGAACUCCCAUUAAAUCCCAUGUGAAUUUCUGCAUAGCACAUACAAAAAAAAAUUGCAGUCCUGUGUGUUUUUCUCUUGAAGGUAAAUUAUUUUGAACAAAAUGUGCUUUUAUUCAACUGCACAUAUAUUUAAAGCUGGUCCUUUGAAAUCUCUAGGGCAAUAGAGUACAGUACAAUCCACAGGGAUUAUAAUGGAAGUACUAUACUGAAGUACUGUAUGGUGGUGUAAACAUGGAUCUAGUUUACUGAGACUUACUUCUGAAUAAACAUGCAUUGGAUUAUGCAAUGAGAAACCAGGUGGUCAUAGCUGACAUUGAAGCCUGUAUGUCAUGCUUGCAAUUAACUCAGGCAUCAGACCACAUAGCCUUCACAUUUGUUUCAAGUUUGCUUCCAAUCUGACAUUUAAUAUAAUUCAAUAGAUUUUAUUUUUCUAUAUGAAAAUAUUAGAAAACCAUAGUGCUCUACUCUGCGUUGAAUUUCACAUUUGCUUUAUUUGAAAACCAAUGUUAAUGAAUAAGUCACAUGGAUAUGUUAGCACAAAUAUCUUAAAUCUUGCAUUAUAUGUCUGUAUGUUUUAGAGUUUUUGUAAAAAAAAUAGAAUUUUAAAAAGAAAUGUUAUUUUUGUAGCAUGAUUUGAUGAAAUAUUCUUAAUCUAUGUCUCACUUGGUUGCCUUUAAUAUAGCUCCAGCGCCAAUAUAUUAAUGGUUGCAACAAAUCAGAAGAUACAGGUGCUAUUGGAACUAAUUGAUGGAUUAUACUCUUAUCUAUUAUAAUUGUUGCUCUGCUAUCUAAUAAUCUUUUUCUGUUUACUAAGUUGUAUCAACUAUUUCUUCAUACUUUGGAUAUUAAUUCCUGGAAUAAGUCCCCAAUAUUUUCCUGUAUAAUACUCAUUCAUUUUAUUUGUAGCCAUAUAAGGUGUGAAAAGGUGCAUGAAUCCAAAAAUUCAGCAUUGCAUUUGGUUUGUUUUCCUAGGUGGUGUAUCUCAAUAAUUUGUUCUCAGUGGAACAUAGGUAGGCUCGUGUGAAUAUCCCUUUGUUAUAUUCCUUUGUUAUAUAAUGUCCUCUGUCAAGACUACAGUUAUCCAAAUUACUAAACAAAAUGCCCUGCUAUAGAAGUUUCUCACAGUUUGUGUAUCUAUUUCAAAACAUUUUCCAGAAACCGAAACUCUUGUUAUGCUGACAUUUUGCAUUUAUCUUCAAUGUCUGUAGAGUAACACCAUGACAAUUAUUGACUUUUAGUUAGUACUAUUGUAAUCCAGAAUGAAUUUAAUAGAAUUUAGUGUUUUAUGGGAAUAUCAAUGAAAUUAUUUCUGACUAAUCAACAGUAGGUAUGUCAUACUUCACAAAUAUGAGCAAGUAGCCUAUUUUAUUUCCAAUUUUUACAUUGUGGAGAUGCAGUGAAGCUGACCCAAAGAAAUACUGAGGAACAUCUUGUUAAAAGGCAGAGCUCCAAAUGUUGAAAAUCUAAUAUUGUAUUCCUGAUAUUUAGUUAGAAAGGACAAACCUACCUUGAACCCUGAAUAGUUGGUUUAAUACAAAUAGUAUGGACUAGAUAAAUUAAUAGUUAAUUGUAGUAUCCUGUGUUCUUUAGGUUUCUACCCUCCCCGAUGAAUCCUAGUUAUUACAUCUAUAUCAUAUAGUUCUACGCUGAACAUCUAAUUGCUUCUCUUAGUUUCAAGAUACUAUCUUUAGAAAUAUAAGGUUUGUUCUGCUAUUCAUGCUACCAACUAUGUGCAGUAGAAGUUAUUCACUUUAUGUAUAUCUGUUCAUUUAGGUUUGGCAUAGACUUAGCUCAGGGAAUACCUGCAGAAGAAUUUCUCCCGCCAUCAGUUCAGUUCCUUGGUUCUAACCCAAAGGACAUGCCCUAAAACUCAACAGGGGCUUGCAGUUUCCAGCAGAAUUUUCACUUUCUCAUUUCUGACCAUAAUUCUUUAGGAUGUGACAGAAGACCCUCCAAGGAGUUUUGAGGUGGAAGUGACUCAAAACCUUGCUGCACAUUUGGAGCCCACCAUUUACAAUACAGCCUUUUGGGGCUAAAGAGCAAUAGAACGGAUGCUGAGAAAAAGUAUUCUGGAAAAAUUUUCUUGCAGCAUGAUAGGAGUCUUUCGUCUGUUCAGUGUGUAUUGUAACCUGCACCAGGUUUGUUUUGUUUAUGAGAAUUGUUUCAGUUAGAUAGUCUCAUUUUUAACAGGAUUCUUCUUUCUUGACCUGAAUAUAUGCUAACAUAGCAAUUCAGAGUUUGCAGUCUAAGAUAACAUGUACUGAGUUCUAGUGUUUUUUAUUCUAUUGCAAGGUAUUACAUUGAAAUUUAUCUUUAGUAUAAAGAUUUUUUAAUAAAAGAUGUCUUUAGUAUCUUUUAUUUUAACCUAUUGGACAGCAAUACAUUGCAAGCUGGUUCUGCUUGCUAUCAGCCAUUUUCACGACUAUUCCUCUUACUAAAAGUUAUCUGCUCAUGUAUGUAUUUCGUUACUUGUUUAUAUAAAAUAUGCAUACAUUAUUCACAGGUUACAUUGUACAGAUUUCUUGGCUGCUAGAAAUUACAAUUACUUUAAAAUGUAGGAUAAUCCAGAAAGAUACAAUUUCAGGUAUCUUUGCAGUUAACAGUAUCUUCUUUAUGGCUUAUAGAUUUUAUUGUAUUGCAUAUAAAUUCAUCCAAUAAUCCAGUACACACCAUGUUGAGUUUAAAAAGGUUAAGCAUAUUUACAGUGUUUUUUUGAAAGCUUUUAGCUAGUGGUUUAGAAAUUUUCUACCCUACAUGAUGUCAGGAUAAAUUAACCACACAUUUUAUUAAAUCAUCAUAAACUAUUUUGUAUUCAUUUCACCAGCAUAUUUCACUUAAUUAAUACGCAUAGAUAUAAUUUUUGUUGGAUGGAAGUGACAAACAUGGAAUAAUUAAGAGUCAGGAUUUCAGAAAACAGUGGAUGUUAGGGUGGAGAGAUUUCAGAUAUACUUAUGGAGACCUUAGCAUACCCUUACAUUUAAGCAUCCAUCUGAUUAUAAAGAAUAGGAAAUAGAAUGCAGGUGAGAGAACUGCAAGUUCUCUUUUCCCAGCAUAGAAACCAAGCAGGCUAUUAGAAAUCUCUAGAAUAGCAGUACCUGCUGGAAGGCACUCGAAGCUUAAAUCUUCUCUGUUAGCUCACCAACAAACUUCUUUUUUGCAGGUUACUAAUCUCUAAAACCUUACUUUGAAGAGUUUUUUGAUACAUAAAUAUUGACUUUCAUCCAACGAUUUGCUUCCUUCUCUGGAUACUCAGCACAUUGUGUUCAUAAUAUUGUUAAUUAUAUUGUCAAAAAUUAAUAUAGUCAGACAGUUGUAUAUUUAGCAAAUAAAAGUUUUUGAAUAGUUUCAAUAUACAUUCUAAAGGAUUGCAGGGAAAAUAUUAUUUUAUUGUUUUUUCAAGUAUGCAGUCUGUUCACUUCUUUUCAUAUUUAUCUAAUUACAAACUCUAGUGGAAUUUUAGUAUAUAAAAAUUAGAAUUGCAAAUUUUUAGGAGCAUGCUCACAGUUAUGCUGCCUAAUUCCAUUUUGAUGAACAUGUCUAAAUCAUUCCAAUAGUUGCAAAUAUCAGUUAAUAAACAGGUAUUUUGCCUUCAGUCAACAUAAUUUGGACUUUUGUUUAGAACUGGUCACUCACUAUUUAUGCUGUUGCAUUCAUAUAAAUAUUGUGGUCUCCACUUGCCAAAUGGACAUUUCAUCUACUGAAAUCAAUGACCCUUUCAAGUACUAAGUUCAAGGUUGGAAUGUUUAAUAAUGUACAUACUCACAUAUUAUUCACAUUUAUAUAUUUUUCAUUAUGCACUGUGCAGAAAAUUCAAGAACUUGCAAUGGAUUAUCUACUUAUUUGUGCAGUUUCUUUUCCUUUUAUAUGUAAGGAGCAUGUUUUCAGUUAAAAGCAUAUAGAAAAAUGAAAGUACAACUCACGUCACAAUUAGACUAAAAUUGUGGUGAAGUGCUUGGAGACUCAAGAUAGAAAGAUCUGAAUCGGGAUGGGGGGAACAGUACUAGAGAUGGGUAACACAGAACAAAUAGGUUUGAUGAAAUACCAGGACUCAAACCUAAAAAUCUUGGAGAAAUAUAGGCAGAUGAAGCUAACUGGCAAUCUGGAAGAACUGAUUUACCAUUAGAAAAUAGGAGAAACAGAAAAUGAUACAAAGCUAUGGAAAUAAAAUCAACAUUUAGUUUCAUUUCAGAGAAAGCCUGAGUAGAAGCAGUUAGCAAUAAUUGAAAAACCAGUGGCUAUGGUGUUUGAACAGUGGCAGAGAUGAUUAUGCCAUCUUCUACUUUUCAGUCUAAAUUAACUCAUGUCAUUUAAAGUUGACUUCCCUAGACUAAAUAAAACCUUUUCUCUCAUCCUGAUUACAAAUCCCCUGGCUGCUGAUGCUUUGAACAAUAUAUUUUCCAUAACCCCAAUAUUAGCUGAUUUAACUUGAUAAUUUCCAGUCAGUGACUUCCAUUUUUGAAGGGUAUGCAUUGUGCAUCACAAACUUUGAUUUAUUAGGAUCUAUUGUUUCUCCUAUCCAUUGGUAAUGUCUUCCAGUUGCAGGUGUAUCUGUGGAGAGAUCGGUGAGCGGAAAAUGACAAUUGUAUUAUGUCAUCAAAGAAUGUGAAUAUUUGUGUGAGUUAUGAUGAAAGUACACAUUAUGACAUUUCCAUAACAGUGCAUUUACAAUAUUGAUCUCAUUAUGGCUUCUUAUGGUGCCUAUGCCUGAUUUGUGAAUAUAAGAAAUCAGCAUGCCCUUUUUACAAAACAUGUACUAUUACUUUUCAAACUGCUUAAAGUGCCAGUGACUAGAUCCUCAUGUUAUGCUAAUCCAUAAAAUGGUUUGUUGGGUUUUGAUAUAGUAUAUUAUAUGAGCUCAGCCAUUUUUAUUUUUGUUUUUUGUAAAUCAUACUUGUACAAGCUAAUUCAAGAAAUAUGUGAACCCUAUUUGUGAAAUUGUUUUAAUGAUCACUCUGAUGUAAGAUAUCAAUGGAGUAGGACACCUAAAACAUUGAAUUAUAUUUUUACAAUUUUACUAUUUGCUGUGUAGUAUUUUUUGCACGUUGAAAUGCACCUCUGAAAUUAUUUCUUUUUAGGUGCCUACAGCCCAGAGAGACUAUUUGCCCUCUUCUGCUAAAGCAAUUCAAAUUGUGUGCAUCUGCUGUAUAUGCUCACUAUAUGAGCAAAGAAGUUGGUUUCUGAGGCUGAGUUUGCUCUCCUAAGAAUAUGACCAUUAAUUGAUUAAAUACUUUACUCAGUAAAAUUCUAUAGGUUCAACAUUUUAACUUGAAAUUCAUUUUUUGAAGGUGACAAAAAUGCCUAUAUAUUCUGUCAUAUGAACAUAUGUUUUUGUCAGUACAUGCAUCAUUUAAUUUUAUUUUGUUAUACAAUCAUAUUUUUAUGUUCUUAAUAUUUUGGAAAUGCAAAUAUACAUGAUCAGCAGUUUUCUGUCUGAAGUUAAAUUAUAUUUACUUUUAUUUGAGCUACAUUCCUAAAGAAAGUUGUUAGUUUUAGAAUAUAUCAAUCGGAAUUUUAUAAAGCGGCUUGAUCAUUAAGUUUCUGAGCCUGUGUGGAACUCUACAUUCAUAGGCUUAUUUCUCUUUUCUAAGCAAGGCAUUAAUGUUCACACAGUGAGGAAUCUGCUGCCCCCCUCAGGCAAGAGAAUGAGAAAAUUCUGCACAUAAUUCCAGGCCAUGUGUGCUUCAGUAGUUAUAUACAUAGAUUCUAUUUCCUCAUUCACUUGAGUAAGUGAUUGCAGCAUUAUUCUUGAGAAAUCACAUUCUAGUGAAUUGGAGUUGCAAUUAUGAAUAAAGAAUGUAUGUAUACCACGUUUUCUGCACUCCGCUGAGAACAGGGUGAUUCCAAAAUGAUAGAAUGUGCAAAUGUCUAAUAGAGCUGGCUGAGUUACUUAACGGUGUAAAUGUUGAUAGAAUUAUCCUAAUAAUGCUAUUUCUCUAGCUCAGGGGUUUCAAACUCAUGGCCCACGGCCCAGAUGCCUGCCCUUGGUUUAAUGAAAGAGGGGAAAGUCACAUUUUACACCCCUGCUCUAGCUCAGCUGCUUUGAGUUUCCAAGGCCUUGAAUUAAACCUGAGGAUUUUCUAUCAGCUGACUUUUCUACAGGAUUACAAUGCAAUUUAUUAGAUGGUUACAGUUUGAGGAUUGUGUUCCUAAGCAGAAUUUCUCUUCUAUCUAAACCAGUGAGAUUUACUGGGGAGUAAAUGUAUUUAAAGUUACAAAAAAAUUGCAGUCUCAGGUUCUUGCUUAGUAACUGGCUAAUUUAAUGAAGACACAUGGUUAGUAACUGCACUCAAAUCCAAUUGAUAGGGUCAACAUUUAUUUCCACCUUAUUGUAUAUCUGCAAUGUAAAAGAUUACUAUUUUAAAUGAUAUAUGUUACAAGUUAGUGAAAUGAAUCUCCGCUACUUGGAGCUAAGAUAAAAUGUAGUAUGUAGUCUUAAAAGUGUAGGUGUAGGAGAUCAGGACUCCUGCAUUAUUGUUUUCAUUUUUUAAAAUGUUCAUUAUAGAUUGUGAGCUGCUAAUUUUAUUAGAUUAAAAGGUAGACAGGAUUUUAAACCAAUCACCUGAACGAGCUGCAUAAUAUAAUAUUUGUAUUUUGCCACUAAAGAGACAAAGCUUGUUGGAUGUAGUAUCUUUUAGAUCUUGUUUUUGAAAAGAAUAUAGGUGAACUUGAAAAGUUUAAAUAGAGUAAAAUUUAUAGAACAAUACAAUAUAAAAGAUGUGGGAAAUUAGUUAGAUUUAAUUAGCUUUAUUGUUUUUUCUCUUUCUUUUUUGUAGUUCUUAGAAAUUAGUCCAUGAUAACUGAUAAAUUUUAGCUUUGAUAACUCUGUAUAUAAAAAUAAAAUUGUGACAAUGUUUAAAUUGUUCUACAUUUGUUGAAUGGGGUGCCAAGGAAAAAAACAUUCUACUGUGCUUUUAGAUACAAUCUAUUCAGCAAAAGACAUUUGAUUGAGGAUAGUCGCUAUCUGUUAUACCAAUGUUGUUAGCACAACAGAAGAGGCGGUAUAAAAGAAUAGCCUAAUUGUUGAACUACAAAUUAAACAGCACAUUCCAUAUACUGAGCUGACGUUCAAAAGCAUCCAUGAAUGAUCCAUGCUUUAAUUUCAAUAACAAAUUAUACUACAAUAACUGCUAGACCACUGUUUGUGUAUAAAGUUUUAGAGAAAAAUUGUGGAUUAAAGUAAGAAUUGUGCUUGUCAAGUCUUAGCUUCUUUUUGUUCUCUUAUAAAUUAAAAGAAGAGGGAGAAGUGAAAGUGGAAUAUUGAUGAAGCCUAUUACAUGUUAAUUAUUAGAAACUGGGGCCAUUGAUGAUUUUUAAAAAUGUGAAUUGGAUGUCUCUGCACCUAACUCUAGUUGAGCAAGGACUCAACAUGUUCAGAGAUUCUUUCUAAGAGGACAUACUGAUUAAACCUGAGAUACAUGGAUGUUUAUAAAGCUCCUUGUGUACAGUAUUAUAAUAUUAAAAAUAUUAGCAUUGACCAGUUUUUAAAAUUAUUGUAUUUUGGUAUUCGCUUUCUUAUCUCUGCUUCCAUGACAUCAGUCCACAUUGAAAUCAGUAUAAUAAUUGUAGCCUUCCACAAGUCUGAUGAGUCAGAAAAUAAUUCUCACAAUUGGAAAAAAAAAAGUUGUUAGAAUUUGGCCUGAAGAUAACAUGGAUUACCACUGCUAUAAAAAUUAACAAGUGAAACUUUGCCUAUGAAAUUAAACAAUCCACAAGAGAGUGAUUAUAUAUCACAGAGCCAGCCAAAGAUUCAGUUGCCUUCGAUUGAUAAAAGAUGUUCCACCCCAAAUAUUGCUACUACUGAGUGUGCUGUGAAUGGGAGAAAGUCAUGCAUACCUUUCUAAGCAGAAUCUUCCAAAACUAAGAAUGGAUCUGAACUCUCCAGUGCGAUGUAAGGAAGAAUCAUAGUAUAUAACACUUUUAGAGCUUGGUGUCUGUGCUUAAUAGGCCUUAUAUAUUAUGCUGUUUAACCUAGAAUUGUUCUCUCUGUUCUGUUAAAUGCAACUCUUAGAAUUAAGCCAUUAGAACUCUUAAUAUAAGAUGGCAGCAUAUUAAAUAAAUGAAUAACAUCAGAAUGGUUCUGUCUUUAGUAAGUUACUUUAAAUUAAGUAACUUUUAUAUCAAAAUCCAUUUAUGAUUUUUGGCUAAUUGCAAUAAAAGUUCCCUUAAACUGAAAAUGGCACUUUCAGUGGAGUGCUACAUGAGAUAAAAGAUUGUACUUUGUUCUUCAGUCAUGUCCUGCUUUUUGGAUAAGAGCAUCAUCAAUCUAAAACUGCUUCAACUACUGUUUCUUUUCAAAGCUGCAUAAAUCAAUGGAACAUACUUACUGCUGUUUCUCAUUCAACCAAGUGAUGUUUGAUCAGUUUGCAACCAAACAUCAUAGAUCAAACUACAUAUAUUCUACUCUUCCAAUUUUUGUUACAUCAAGAGGUUAUUUUAGAGUAUCCAUGCUAUAUUAUAGCUACAUUCUGCAAUCACGACAAAGCUGAAAUUCUGUGAACAUUUAUUACAAGUAGUUUUGUUAAAGAAGUAUAGAAAUGUACUGUAUGAAACAAUAACAUUUAUGCCUAGAUAUAAACUUGUUUUAUAUUACUACUUUUGAAAUAUUGUAUAUUCAAAAAAUAUUGGUGGGCUUCUUGGACUAAUUAUAUGUAUUACAUUACUUAGGUGUCUUUUAUUAGUAGACUUUAUCAAAUCUGCUAAUUAUAGAGGUUUUAGGAAAGUUUGAUUAAAGAUUUGAAUGUUUAAGAAAAGAUGUGCAGAAAUGUGAUAAUACAGUCCUGUGUGGCUUGUCAUGACUUCUUUGUGUCAUGGAAAUAGUCUAUUGACAAGCAAAAGGCUGAAGAAGACAUGCAAAUGUGUUCAAAACUUCCUGUCAAUUUUAAAGCAGGAUUCCUUGAUGUAACAAAUGGACAUUAUCAUUAUCAGCAAGAGGAAAGUGAUAUCACACAUAUCUUGACAGCAAACAAAUUACCGUAUAUACUCGAGUAUAAGCCGAGUUUUUCAGCACGUUUUUUGUGCUGAAAAACGUCCCCUCGGCUUAUACUCGAGUAUAUACGGCUUAUACUCGAGUUUUGUUUUUUUUUUAAGCCCCUCGGCUUAUACUCGAGUAUAUACGGCUUAUACUCAAGUUUUUUUUUUUUCUUUUUUUCACAUUUUACCGGACGGAAGCCCUGCCGGUGCAGUGAGAGGGCGGGGCGGGGGAGCCGCCAGCCUUCUCAGCUGAGGGAGGGAGGCUUUCCCCAACCGGUAGGUGCCUCAUUUCCCACCCUCGGCUUAUACUCGAGUCCCCAGUUUACCCCAGUUUUUGGGGUAAAAUUGGGGACCUCGGCUUAUACUCGGAUCGGCUUAUAUUCGAGUAUAUACGGUAUUCAAAUUAUGUAAUUCAUGAUGAUGAAUUGAUAUUAUACAUUUGAUAUGGUUUCUGUCAGAUACGUAGGUAUUUCAACAUUGCAGUUUAUUUUCAUGCUCACAGAAAUGCAGAUAUUUAGAGUACAAUCCUUUAAAUGAUUGUUGAUAACAAACCUUCCUUAGUUGAGUUUAACACCAGAUGUAUGUAAAGGAAGCAGGCAAAUAAGAAAGUUAGUGUUGCUUGUUAAAUAGAUUUUAUAUUUAAGUACUGUAAUGUAGAUGAAUUGUUGAUAAAAAAUGAAAAUUUAGAUUUGCUUUUUGAGAUAUGGAACUGGAUAUUUUUCUGUUUGCAAGGUCAAAAACAAUGUACAUAAUAUAGUUGAAGAUAAGUAUCAGUAUGAAAAUCUACUAUCAAAACAUUUCAAAGUCAGGAAUAUUAUUUUUUUUAUUUUAAUUAGCUGAAAAGCAUUUUGAAAGAAAAUAGGUCUUCAUAUAUUUUAGGCACCGAUCUCGGCUUUACUUUUAUAAACUUUUUAACAUUGAAAUGUAAAAAUAAAUGCAAAAUUUUCAAGUAAAGUAUAUUAAAUUAAAAACAGAAAGUUUUCUUGUCUCAUUUUAUGACUAUUCUUUGAAUUGUAGUCAGUAUCACACCAACACAACUAGAAACAUAUUCUAACUCAUGUUAUAAUACAUAUUUUCUUUUUAGUUUGUUUAAGGAGAUUUAUAUAGUAGGUAAGGUAAAGGCAGUUCUUUAUGUGUACAAAUACAUAAAGUAUGAGAGGUCAUGGACUUCUUGUUUGCUGAACAUGUAACAUCCAAAGUCUAGACCAUUGAAUUUCCAACUGAAUAUAUUUUGCCGCACAUUUCCCAAAUCGUACAGC